AUGGAAGACGGCAGGGCUCUAAGGAGGAUGUCUAUCCCUACCCGCAGAAGCAGAUCUGCCGAUUUUCACAAUUUUUCAGAAAGGAGGAGACGUGAUAAGAUCAACGAGAAGCUGAAGGCGCUGCAAGAGCUACUUCCAAACUGCACCAAGGUCCACACGGACAAGGUGUCGAUGCUAGAUGAAGCAAUUGACUACCUGAAAUCGCUCCAGCUGCAACUCCAGAUGCUGGUGAUGGGGAAGGGGAUGGCCCCCGUGGUGCCUCCGGAGCUGCAGCAGUACAUGCACUACAUCACCACGGAUCCCGCUGCCCAGCUGAUGCAGAUGCCUCCCUCGGAGCCGCCGCGGCCGUUCCAGAUCACGCACGCCAACCCGCCGCAGCGGGAGUCGGAUUUCCUCAGCCAGAUGCAGAACCACCUCCACCCCUCCGACCAGCCUCAGAUCAACUUCCUCAGGCCGCCUAAACUGCAGCUCUACACCCCGGAGCAGAGGGGAGUUGUAGGCAGCAGCAGUGGCCACAACGGCGGCUGGAUCCCGGAGAGGAAUUCCUCCUACAACUUCAUGGAGUGA